AUGUCCCUACCUCCCUUCGACCAUGAUGCCCACACUAAGUUCACCGAAACACCUAAUACUUUGUGGACGUUCGGUCAGAAGAUCGAAAGUACGGAAUCUGGGCGGAAAUGGUUGGAAGGAGAAGAACAAGGGUGGAAGGUGAUCAAUACGGACGAAGAUACCUCGCGACUGUACCCACUUAUGAUCAGUGCGAUAGUACCUCGGCCCAUAGCAUUUGUCUCUUCCAUCUCUGAGAGCGGAGUGGAGAACCUCGCGACUUUCAGUUGGUUCAACAUGGUAACCCAUAACCCGCCGCUCGUUUCGUUCUCAUGCAGUAAUACUCCGCGCGUCAAAGACACGCCGACAAAUGUGAGGAAUGGUCUCGGCUUUACCAUCAACAUCAUCAGCGAGCCAUUCGCCGAGAACGCAAACGCAACGUCCAUCGACGCUCCGCCUGAUUUCGACGAAUGGACUAUUAGCGGGCUGACAAAGGUGCCAAGCAUUCAUGUCAAGGCCCCGCGUGUCAAGGAGAGUGCGUUCAGCAUGGAAUGCGAGUUCUUCCAAGCGAUCGAUGUCACUCAUCCCAUCAGCGGAGAAAUCACUACAACACUGAUCCUCGCACGUGUGAAGUAUAUCCACGUUCGCAAGGAUGUCCUCAAUGAACGCGGGGUUGUCGAUAUCACCAAGUAUAAGCCGAUUGCGCGUUUAGGGGAUAUCUCGUACGCCAGAACCGGUGAUGCCUUCAGGUUACCUAGACCGGUGUGGGAACAAGAGAAAGGGAAGAUCGAACAAGCUUUAGAGAACAAUGAGCAGUCGUAGACAAGGUCUGUAUGACCACUGGCAAACCACUGUAUACCACGAUGUUACAUACCAAAGCCCUCCGGGCGCUCCUGGACGCAUUCGGAGAGAGCGUGUGGUGUCCAUAGUUACGAAGUCUUUCAAACGAAAGCACUACAAGGAGGGAGUGUUACUUAUCAAUGUAAGGGAUCUGUUAUCAUGGUGUGUGUAAUGGAAUGGGAAGCUGUACGGUAUUAGUGGAGUUUUAUGAAUGAAACCAUUGUGGGGAGGUAAAAGACCUGGAGGAUAGGUGGGAUGUAUAAUGAAGUUGAGCUGCUGACUUGGCCCCCAAGUGUCCAAACGGCGUCGACGAUACCCAAGCGAUUCUGCAUUUCACACCUCUGGAUAGCUCUUACAUUUGCAAGUUUUCUCUAUAUCGAAGUAGCUGGCAUGUGUAAGACAUGG